AUGGCCACAACGGCUCCCAAGCCCAUCUCGGCGAAGCUGCUCCGACUGGACAAUCCGGUCGGCAGCUUGACCCUCGCUUUUUUGCUUUGGAAAGCACUGCUUUUCAUAGUAAUCACAGUCUGUCCGGGGCCUGGAUAUGACACAUCCACGACCUUGAUUUCGCGCGAGGGGGCAAGCCUGGUGAGUGGGCACACAGAGUCUCUCCCUCAGUCUAUGAAGUUUGUCCGAUGGGACUCGAUCUACUUCUUACAUAUCGCCGAGAAGGGGUAUGUUUUCGAGCAAGAAUGGGCUUUUAGUUAUCCCCGAAUUCUGAGCUUAUUUGCCUCCGGUAUUCGCUGGUCUGGAGGCAUAGAGGGACCAGUUAACAUCGCCUUGGUAGGCGUGAUCCUGUCCCAUUUCUGCCAUUAUUACUCCGUGUUGGCGCUGUACAGCUUGUCCGCCAACAUCUUCGGAAGCGAGACAUCCACCCAGAAGCUCAUUUGUUUCUUGUCGGCUGCUCUGCACAUCAUCUCACCCGCCGGUGCCUUCCUGUCGGCGCCGUACGGAGAACCGAUCUUCUCCCUUCUAAAUAUCUCUGGAUACUUCCUGUACACGUCUUCUCUCAUUGCAGAGCAUAAUGGCGCUGUAUUGCUUCGAGACCUGCAAGUUCUGAUAUCUGCGGUGCUCUUUGCUAUUGCAACGGUAGUCCGAAGUAACGGCAUUCUGAGCGGGUUCUUGUUCGCCUACGAUGCUGCCAUCCUGGUGUGGGCGACCUUGACACAAGGUCUCAGCGCUCACAGAUUCCGUCGCCUGGUCGUUAUCGUCGUUGGUGGCUGUAUCGUUGGAUUAAGUAUGGUUGUGCCGCAGAUCCUGGCCUAUAGUGAAUACUGCAUGGGCGGAGGAGAUUUGCGUCCUUGGUGCAGCUGGACUGUGCCUAGUAUCUAUAACUGGGUCCAGAGCUUCUAUUGGAAUGUGGGCUUCCUUCAGUAUUGGACCGUCUCGAAUAUUCCGCUUUUCUUGCUGGCCGCACCCAUGCUGGCAAUCCUUUGCAAAUCAGCACUUUGGGCUCUCAAAGCCCCAUCGACUCUGCGCUCAGGGUCCGGUGGUAUAUCCUCCUCGCAGGCGAGCCCCGGAUCCAUGCUCUUCCGCCUGGCGGUGCCUCAGGGCCUCCUAGCAGUGAUGGCCUUGACAAGCUAUCAUGUCCAAAUCAUCAACCGGAUCUCUUCGGGCUACCCAGUUUGGUAUUGGUGGCUCGUAUCUACAGCUAUGGGCAGCUUCCAAGAUCCUCAAAAGAGCCACCGAGGACUAGUGAUUGCUGCGCAAGCCAUGGUGGCCUAUGCAUUAAUCCAGGCGGUUCUUUUCGGUUCCUUUUUGCCUCCGGCGUGA